AAAAAUCAUCUACAUCAAAUUUGAAUGAUUCUCAUGACGAACCUGAACUUAAUUCAUCUGAUAAUUCACAUUUACAAAAACGUGUACGAAUUGAAGAUGUUAAUGAUGAACAGUCAGAUCGUGAGUCCUACGCGGAUGAAAAAAAUACUUCAGUUGAUCUUGAACAGGAAGAAGGAGAAUCUAGUGGCAGUUACCAAGAAAAUAGUUCACAAAAUCGUAAGCGUAAAAAAUCUGGUGGUCGAUGUUUGCGUAAUGCUUUAAGAUCACAUGAUUCAACAACAGAUUCCACUAAAUGA